GUUAAUUUAGUCCACAUUUGCCUGGCGGCAAAAACGUACUGAUUACCAAACUGUUAGACAACGUACUCGUCAGAACCAAAUUUCACCAGAAUUCGCAACCAUAGUAACCGUAGCCUAUGCAAUAUCAGAUAUGAAAACCGUAAGUUGGAUCCACCCUGUAUGGGUAGAUACAAACUGGAAAUCGUCGAUUUAGGAUCUCCAACUAAUUGCAACAUUAGCGAAUAUCUGUGUAGUUUCCAGUCAAGGCAUCUUUAAAAUUGUUGCUAAACAGCUUAAUGAGAUGGAACAUUCUAUAAUUAUGUGGAAGGAAUUUUUCCAAAGAAAGUGAAGUUAAUCCUAACAAUGCAGCUGCUUGGUAUACCAUUGAAAGAUGAAAUUGAAAUACACGGAAGCCCAUAGAAGAGAGGGAGCGUUUAGGUCUGCAGAUCGAGUAGGCCGUAGUCGAUGUCCUUCUCCACCCUUGACCUAAUCAAAGAUCAAUCAUCAUCCAAUCUAUUCGAGUAACGCGAAGAUAUUGAAAUCUUGCACUAUGUCUGGAGGAUUAUGUGUGGCAGACCUUCCCCUGGAAAUUCCACAAAUUCCUAAGUUAGGAGAUUUUGAGGCAGUAAAAGAAAGAUGUGAGAAGAAAGCAGGUGCAGGCACAUACGAAAAGUUGGAGAAAGCCAUCGAGGAAACGAAGACAUGCAUUAAAGAGCUAGUGAACGUAGAAAAAGUGAAAGAAGAAGUAGAAGAAGCUAAGAAGACUGGCUCAAUGGACGAAGUGUUCGGCAGGUACUGCAAGAAAAGGCCAGAGCUGCGCGAGUGUUUCAUGAAAACCUACAACGCAGCUGAACCAUGUUUGGAGGAAAUUGAAAGGCAGGCGGUCAACACUACGGAACAUAUACUCAACCAGAUUGGUGAUUUUGUUUGUUUCAAGGAUGGCGACAGAAUUGCCAUGUUCGUAGCAGAAGGUGGUGUAGAAUGUUUGAAAUCUCGAACAGACGCAAUCAAAAACUGCGUCAACGACACUGUGAAGUUCAACCCAUCAUCACUAGGAAACUCAAUUCCAAAUCUAUCUAUGGACCAGAAAAAAUGCGAUGAUAUGAAGAAAAUCCAAGAAUGUAUCGUGAAGGACUUGGAAACAGGCUGUGAUGACAGCACCCCAGCCAAUGUAGUAGACGCACUCUUCAGGUUCGUCAAGAAGAUUGCUUGCAAAGAUAUUAAGAAGAGAAGUGUCAGAAGUGUCAUUGAUUACUUCCUCUAAUGUUAUCGAAACUUGUAUCUUAGUUAAAUGAAUUUACAUCUAUUUUUUAAUUGCAUAGAAAACCCAUCACAUAAUUCCGAGACAUUUGUUUAUAGAUAUCCUGAAAUUUUAUUUUUUGAUAUCCUGUCAGUGAUGUAUUGAAGAGACAAUAAAUGAUUUACAAAAAACAAUAUAUAUAUACCAUAACUAUCUAAAACUGUAAUGACUCAUCAAUGUUCACGUGAAUAUUACUCAACCACCGGUAGUCUGUUUGUCAGUGGCGGGGUAUGAAUUUUUAAUGUGGGUGAACUUGAUUUCUUUUAUAAGUUUAAUAAAAAAAUGGUUUGAAG